GGUUAAUUUCCCGGCCUGCCUUGCAGCAGCCUCUUCCUCCAUCUUGGUAUCAGGGCCGGCGAUCCAGCUGCCCCGAGCGCGCUCGCGAUGCCCGGAAGGUUGUGGUGCAAAGCUGUAUUUACAGGCUAUAAACGAGGCCUUCGAAACCAGAGAGAGCACACUGCCCUACUGAAGAUUGAGGGUGUUUAUUGCCGCAAUGAAACAGAAUUUUACCUCGGCAAGAGAUGUGCUUAUGUCUACAAAGCAAAGAACAAGACUGUGACUCCUGGUGGUAAACCAAACAAGACUCGUGUCAUUUGGGGUAAAGUGACCCGUGCUCACGGAAACAGUGGCAUGGUCCGUGCAAAGUUCAGUAGUAACCUGCCCGCUAAAGCUAUUGGGCAUAGGAUUCGUGUGAUGCUGUACCCAUCAAGGAUCUAAAGCACAGCUGUACAUAAAUUUGACAAUAAAUAUUAAAAUGAAUUAAA